AUGAAGCUUCCAGUGCAGCUGUAUAGGCCCUACUUUGAUAUCAGAGAUGAGCUGUCAGUCCAGGACGAAAUCAUUUCUCGGAGACCAAGAGUAGUCAUUCUUUUUAGCAUGCGGAAAGAAACCCUCAACCCGAUACAUCGUGCUCACACUGGCAUUGAGUCGUGUAGGGCACGGGACUGCGCGUAUUGGCUUAACAUGAACUCUGAAAUAUCUGAUGCCAUCUCCAAAUGUGAAACUUGUAGCACGUUCCAGAGAAAGCAGACAAAGGAACAACUUAUCUCACAGAACAUACCGGACAGCCCACGGUCUAAGACUGCUGCCGACCUUCUCACAUGUAACCAAAAGGAAUACCUGGCUACAGUCGAUUAUUUCAGCGAUUUUUUCGAAGUCGACCAGAUUACCGACAAAACUGGAAAGCAGGUCAUCACCAAACUGAAAGGACAUUUUGGUAGGCAUGGAAUACCAGAUACCAUUAUCACCGACACUGGUCCUCCAUUUAACUCCAAAGACUUUGCCGACUUUGCUUCAAACUAUGAUUUUCGACAUAUCACCAGUUCUCCGGGUUACGCCCAGUCAAAAUAG